AUGAGCAAGAGGAUUGCUCAAUCCGAUCUUAAUUCCGACAAUUGGGAUCAGCCUGAAGAAAUCGUUGAGAAAGGUGAUUUUAAUAAGGCAGACGAUUCGAAAAUAUCCGCUAGGACGAUAUUAUCGGCUCGUCGGUCUUCGCUCAAAUCUGGAACUGGAGGUUCGCUGAGGUCUUUUACAGGGUUCACUAGUCUUCCUCCAACUUUUCAAAGCAAUGGCUUAUUCAAUUUCUCGAAGAGUGAAAAAGAUCAACCCAGCAAAGCCGAACCUGCUACUGACCCAUCCUCUGCUAAUGAACAAGACCGACGUCUUUCCCUCAUAAAGUCGUUAAACGAAGGAGUUCUUGCUUGGAUUACAAAGCAUGUCAAAGAUGAUCCAUACUGCGUUUUAUCUCCAGUCUUUGCAGAUUACGAUAAACAUCUGAGCACGAUUGAAAAAAGAGUGCCUGAAAACGAUGGGCCCAAUCGAAAAGAAAAUGAACAUGAUACAAAGAAACAAGAUACAAGCCCAUCACUGGCGCCUUCAUCCUCUUCAGCUUUUACAUUCAAAUUUGCAGGAGAUAAGACUUCAGGAUUAACUGCAAAUAAGAGGUCUACUACUGACUCUGAUUCAUUAGAGAGCCAUUCCAAACCUUUUGAAGCAAUAAGUAGCUCUCAUCAACCCUUCGAAUUUCCCCCUCUCGGCUCUGCCUUGACUAGUUUUACAACUCCAAUUUCAUCCGAUAAGCAUAACUUUAAAAAGACUCCGACCUUUCAGUUCGGCUUUGCCAACAAACUCGCAGCGGGUUCCCAACCUGUCCAAUCUGCUGUGACUUUUUCUCUUGACGCCAAAUCGAAAACCCUUUCUACCCCUGCUUCAUUCCUUACACAAAGCUUCCCUCCACAGCUAGGUGCUAAUAAAGAAAAGGCUGACGAAGCAGACGCCGAAGAUAACGAAGAGUAUAUUCCUCCAGUACCUGAGGCGCGAGAAAUUAAGGAAGAAGGUUCAGUCUUCACUACUCGCUGCAAGCUGUUUUACAAGCUGAGCGAUUCUUGGAAGGAACGUGGAUUGGGUAACCUCUACAUUAAACCAGAUGGCGAUAGCAAGGACAAAUUUCAACUGCUUAUCAGGGCUGAUACAAACUUAGGCACCAUUCUGCUUAACAUUAUUGUCACUAAAGAUAUGCCCAUCAAGCAACAAAAAAACAACUUGACUCUUGUUUGCGUUCCGAAUCCUCCUGUGCCUGGCGCAAAUUGCGAGAAGAAAGAACUAGAUUCAUCCUUGAAUGAUAAAUCAAAUUUGGUACCGAUGCUAAUUCGCGUUAAAACCGAAGAUGCCGCCUCUAAUCUCUUAGAAGAGUUAAACAAAUAUCGGAGCUGUAGUUAG